AUGAACUCGGCACGCAGGAAGAGCCUCCUCGAGGUUAACACUCUUGCUCGCUCUGCGCGGGUCAAGAUGGUCAAAGAGUGCCAACGUCCAGAUAUGGAUCUAAGGCAUGUGGUCGGCCAUGCCAACUUCCUCGACCACCUCAAACAUCUCACUCUACAAGCACACCUCGAAGUCGUCACCGAGGCACCCGCGCCAAAGCGCCACGAUACCGUGCAGACUUCUGCAAAGGAAGUCUCCGACGAUGACACCGACUAUUCGGACGACGAAGCUAUGGCCUUUGAGUCGAUAUCGUAUUCGUCAACCAAUAACUCCACUGUCACCGUUAUCAACGACGAAGACUCCGACUCGAAUAGUGACUCGUCGGACUCAGACGAUGGUGAAUCUCUUAGCACAUGCUACCUUAAGUCGCCGUCACGCCCACCACCAACGCCUCAUUCAAGAUCGAAACCAAUCGACUUUCCCACUUCGCAAAUCCGGGUAACAGCAGUUGAGGUGAUAUGA